UCUAAGCCAUUCUCAAUUACAUUUACUCUUGACUUUGUGCGUAAGAGAAAAGGUCUAUUAUGGGUCCCAUUUUCUGCAUUAUUUAUUUAUUUAUUUUCAUGUAAACUGCAGCCUUCAUAUAAAAACUUGAUGAUUGAAAUUUCAGACCAGCGGUUAGGGCCCAGUUAGCGGUGAUCAGGAUUAUCCAGUUCGCCCAAACCUCCAAUCUUCAGCGACAUGGCUCGACCACGACCGCGGGAAUACAAGGCAGGAGAUCUGGUUUUCGCAAAGAUGAAGGGAUACCCGCACUGGCCAGCGAGGAUUGAUGAGCUUCCAGAAGGAGCGGUCAAACCUCCUGCCAACAAAUACCCAAUCUUCUUCUUUGGGACACAUGAAACUGCAUUCUUAGGUCCAAAGGAUCUUCUGCCCUACAAAGACUAUAAAGACAAAUUUGGCAAGUCAAACAAGAGAAAAGGUUUCAAUGAAGGCUUGUGGGAGAUUGAAAACAACCCUGGAGUCAAGUUCACAGGUUAUCAGGCCAUGCAGCAACAGAGCUCAUCAGAAACAGAAGAGGGAGGAAACACUGCCGAUGGCAGCAGUGAGGGUGAUGACGGCGACUCUGUUCAGGAAGAAGAUAAGAAAAAGUUGAAGGAUGACAAGACUGGAUCCAAAAGAAAAAAAACACCGUCUUCUAAGCAGCAAUCCUCAAAAUUGUCCAGGGUUUCAUCUGAAGAGGAUGACCAGGACAGGGAUGGCAAAGAUGAAGACCAAAAGAGUGACUCGGAGGGAGGAGACCACGACAACUUUAUCCAAAAGACUACCGACGCUAAGAACCAGCUGCUCAUGGAAGAGCACUGAAGGAGAGAACAUGCCAGCAAAAUCCCUCUUUGUAGCGAUGAUGUUGGAGAAUUGAAUCAAGUACCUGGUUUGUCAUGUUCAGCCAUCACUGACUGCAAUCAUCACCUCCAUCUCUCUGCUGGACUCUCAUUUUGUAUGUAAGAAAGUUGCACCAUAAGAGCUUCCAGAAUCCAACCUGAGAAGAAAAUGAGGGCAAAACUGGGUUUUCCAUUUGUCAGCACUAAUAGCAGAGCUGUCAGAAUUCAAAUAAAGGCUUUUAUUUUUUUCAACAUA